GCAUAUAAAAGCGAUACGCGAUCCCAACGAAAUCAGAUCAAUCAAAUAUCUUGAGCACAAUAGACGGCUCAUAACAUCAUUGCUUCAAACUAUUGUUUUCGAAAAUCGAUUUCUCGAUUCGUUGUGUUAUCAAGUUGUUUUUUCUUGCUCACAAUUUUCGCUCUUGUUUUUGUAUCGUGUGUGAAAAUCGUUGUUUUUAUUUCAUUUUGAAAUUGUGUCAUUCGACAGAAUCAGAAAAAAAAAUUAGAAGAUAAAAAUGAUCAAUAUAGAUUCGUCGGCUAUUGUUUUGUUAAGUUCCAACACACUGCUGAUGGUGUUGACGUGCGCUGUGAUGGCUGUGCUAGUGUUUUUUGUUGAAUACACCGGCACUGGCAGUGCAUCGAAAACCAACGACAAGCAAUCGUUGAAGAAUUCUGAUGAUUUGCAACGACCACCCGGCCCAAAACCAUUCCCAAUCAUCGGCAAUUUGGCAUGCAUGGAUGGCUAUGAAGUGCCAUAUCAAGCUUUUGACGAUUUGGCCAAGAAAUAUGGACCCAUCAUCAGUUUACGAUUGGGAUCGGUGCCAACAGUUGUUGUCAAUGGCAUCGAUAACAUUAAAGAAGUUUUACUCACCAAAUCAUCACACUUUGAUAGCCGCCCUAAUUUCCGUCGCUAUCAUGCACUGUUCAGUGGAAAUAAACAAAAUUCAUUGGCUUUCUGUAAUUGGUCUGAUGUGCAGAAGAUGCGUCGCGAUAUGCUCACCCAGCACUCGUUCCCACGCAAUUUCUCAAUCCGUUUCCAAGACUUGAAUGAUAUCAUCAAAAAUCAAAUGCACAACUUGGUAGGCGAUAUCCAAUCGAAGCGCACCUCACCCGAUACCGCUGUUGAAAUCAAGCCAAUCAUCAUGGAUGCUUGUGCCAACAUCUUCACUCAAUACUAUUGCUCACGUAGUUUCGCCUCAAACGAUACCAAAUUCAAGAACAUGAUCAAAAAUUUCGACCAAAUUUUCUGGGAGGUGAACCAAGGCUAUGCUGCUGAUUUUUUGCCAUUCUUGUUGCCACUACACACCAAGAAUCUGAAGCGAAUGGAACGCUGUGCCCAUGAAAUCCGUGAAUUCAUCCUGGAAAAUAUCAUCGAUGAUCGUCGUGAAUCGUGGACCGAAUGUAACGAUAGCCAAAGCGAUUAUGUUGAAUCGCUGAUCGACCAUGUGCAACGUAAUCUGGAGCCAAAAAUGGAAUGGGGAACCGCCUUAUUCGCUUUGGAAGAUAUUUUGGGCGGUCAUUCGGCUACCGGUAACUUUUUGGUGAAAAUUUUCGGCUUUAUUGGACAAUUGCCCGAGGUACAGCAGAAAAUCCAACAAGAAAUCGAUGCUACAUUGACCAAAAAACGCACCGGCAAAUGUGAUGCCAUCGAAUUAUCCGACCGCAACCAAAUGCCAUACACUGAAGCCGUUAUCAUGGAAGCACUUCGUUUGAUCGCCUCACCAAUCGUCCCACAUGUGGCCAGCCAAGACAGUUCAAUUGGUGGAUAUUUGAUUGAAAAGGAUUCGCUCAUCUUUUUGAACAACUACAAUUUGAGCAUGUCUCCAGAAUUAUGGGAUCAACCAACCGUAUUCAAACCAGAACGGUUUAUUCAAAACGGUCACAUCGUAAAACCGGAUCACUUUUUGCCCUUCGGUGCCGGUCGUCGUAGCUGCAUGGGCUAUAAAAUGGUACAGUUUUUGAGUUUUUCAGUGAUCGCAAAUUGUAUGCAACAUUUCGAUAUGCGACCACCAGCCAAUGUAACACAUAAAGUAGCCAUUGGUUCGCUAGCUGUCCCAGAAAAAUCAUAUGAAAUGGUUUUCUCAGAACGCGCCUAAACGCACAAGAGAUCGAUGUAUUUCAAAUUAUCUUUCCCAAUUUUUUUUGCGCACCAUUGCUCUUGAGGGAACAGAGGUCCAUUCAAAAUUUGUUUUUUCUUUCAAAAAUACUCGUUGCACAUAACUUAUUUUUUUCAUUUCAAUGUUGUUUUUUUUUUUGAUAAUUUAUAUAUUUUUUGUUUCGUGUCAUUCAUUUCAUGAAUUAGCUGUAGACAUUAUUUUAUUUGAAUGUUAUUUAUACAAAUUUAUAUGUGUGCAAAACAUCGAUCUCUUGUAACAUCAUGUAUGUUUAAUUUUUGCUACGAACCGUUCAAAAAACUAUACGGAAUUGAGACAGACAGAAUGCAUAUUCACUUAAGAACCUUUGUACGAACGAUCAAUACGUUCUUUAGCUGAGUUAUAUAGGGCUUUUUUACGAUUAUGUUCUUUGCAUUUGUAAUCAAUUAAGAUAUCACGUCAAAACACAACAACACACACAAACACUGAAAAACUGUACAUAAAAACCAAAGAAACUAUUAUCGUAAUUUAUUUUGAUAAUAAAAAUCAAUUGAAAAAUGAAA